UAGCUGAUGGAGAAGAGGACCACACAGAAUGGUGGGAAUGCAUGCUAGCUCACACCACAUGCACCUCCAUCCCUCAUGGAGAUUGGAGAGAUCAGAUGUAUAUAUACAUCCACGCACGCUCUCAAGUCUCAAGCGUCGGCGUCCAUUCUCCAUUGCUUCCAAUACCUAGCGUCUUACCUUUUUUCCUCAACCGACGCGAUGCGAGGCCCCAACGCCAGGGCCUUCCAGCAGGGCUUCCUCAAGAACUUGAUCUUGAGCCUUCAAGCCUGCAGAAAGGCCUGCGUCUCAUGCUCUGGGAGCAAGAGCGCGACGAUGAGUCUCCACGAGAGGAAGCGCGCCAUCAAGUCGUCCGCCGACAUCGCCAUGGCCACCGCCCGCGGCGGCGGAGCGCGGUGGCCGCGGGCCAUCUUGGCCUCGUCGUCUAUGCCGUGCAAGUCGCCGGAGAAGGUGCGCAGGUGCAAGAGGAUUGUGAGGCGGUGUCAGCUCCGCACGAGGAGAUCGAGGGGUGGCACUGGGAGUGGUGCUUCUCUUGCGAGAACGGCGGCGGCAGCGAUCAGUAGCGGCGAGAUUGCGAGGAGGCUGGUGAGGAAGAGGACCAAGGUGCUCAGGAAGAUGAUACCUGGAGGCGAGUUGCUCGACGAGAUCUCGCUGCUCCAUGAGGCCAUGGACUACGUCGCACAUCUACACGCGCAAGUUGACGUGCUCCGGCGCAUCUCGAAUGCCGUGCGAUGAGAUCUGGCGUCGGCCCAGGGGCUUUUGCACAAAGUGCGUGGCUAGAGGAAUUGAAAGGGCCGGCGGUUCUAUUUUCAGGCAAAAUGGCAGAAAGACUGUAGCAGGUAUUCAGAAGAGGAGGAAAAGAUCACGCAGAAAGGACGCCCGUGCGGAAGUUGAUGUGAGAGAACAUAAGGCCCCAGAUCAGGAUGUGGAAAAUGAUGAAGGGUAGAUCAUAUCAAACACCUUGUAGGCUGCAGUGAUAGGCGUGAGAUAGAGAAAUGUACUCCGGUAGUAGCAGUAACUUUUGUACUUGAACCAAAGACACAUGCCAUUGUGGCGACAGUAAACCAUUGAGCAUUUUUUUUUUCUUUUGUGAAAUUGAGCCUUUAAUUUGAAGGCAGUAUUUUUUUACAUAAUGUUUUUCUGGUCAAUUGAGAGAGAGAUACACAUACUGUAUAGAGGAUAUAUGCCUAAUCCGAAUCAUGCUUGCAUA